GGGCCCGAGCCAACUCGGGACUGGGAAAAGUCAGUGCAGCCUUUCAGGGAGGCCAAACCCCUGCCUGAAUCCGUAACGCCCAAGUCCCGGUAACUCCAAUUACCUCUAGGCCGCAAACUAGUGGGACGCAGGCAAGACGUCGAGGGCCGUCUCUGAGAGGUUUCAAGUAUUCCACUGAACAACUAGUUCCAAAUCUUGUCAUCAAAUCCUGUGCUCCUGUUCCAAGAGGUAAUAUAUGCAUAUUUUUUCUUUUAUUUAAAAGAAAUGAGUGUAACCAAUAUUGCAUUAAGAGUUGAAACCUGGCUUUUAGCUACAUGGCAUGUUAAAGUACCUCUAAUGUGGCUGGAAGCUUGUAUUAACUGGAUUCAAGAAGAGAAUGAUAAUGUUAAUUUGAGUCAGGCCCAGAUAAAUAAGCAAGUGUUUGAGCAGUGGCUCCUUACUGAUCUGAGAGAUUUGGAGCAUCCUCUUUUACCUGAUGGCAUUUUAGAAAUUCCAAAGGGAGAACUGAAUGGAUUUUAUGCUCUGCAGAUUAAUUCUUUGGUCGAUGUAAGUCAACCUGCAUAUUCCCAGAUACAGAAAUUGAGAGGAAAGAAUACAGUGAAUGAGCUAGUUACAGCUGAAACACAAAUAACCCAAAAACCUUGGGAAGCAAAGCCGUCACGGAUGUUAAUGCUACAGCUAACUGAUGGAAUUGUACAAAUACAGGGAAUGGAAUAUCAGUCUAUUUCAGCUCUUCAUAGUGAUCUUCCUCCAGGUACAAAAAUUUUGAUUUACGGAAACAUUUCUUUCCGUCUUGGUGUUCUCUUAUUGAAACCUGAAAAUGUGAAAGUGUUAGGAGGUGAAGUCGAUGCUCUCUUAGAAGAAUAUGCCCAAGAAAAAGUACUUGCAAGGUUAAUUGGAGAACCCGAUCCUGUAGUUUCAGUUGUAUCAAAUAAUGCUAACCAGAACAUCGCCAGAGUUACAGAUGUUCUAGAUCCUGCUUUAGGACCUUCUGAUGAAGAACUCUUGGCAAGUCUUGAUGAAAAUGAUGAGCUUGCAGAAAAUAAUGACACUUCCUUGGAAAGAAGAUGUUUCAACACAGGUAGUUCUUCAAAUACUAUUUCUACAAGCCAAUCAAGUUUUGAACCAGGAUUUGGUAUUUCUCUAAGACCAAAGGAGAAUUCACCAAACCAAUCUAUGCAUUUUACUGAUGGAGAACUAGAUGACUUUUCAUUGGAGGAGGUCUUGCUUUUAGAAGAAACUGUCCAGAAAGAACAGAGGGAAGCUAAAGAACGGAGGCCACUGACUUUGAGCAGAAAUGCAGAUAAAAAUAGAGAGAGAGUUUCACAUAACCCUAAUACUAUGAAUGAUUUUUCUUUGAUUUGCAAAAAUGGAAACAGUGAUUGGAAUGAAAAAAAUUUAUCUGAGCAAAUGACUAACGAAGACAAGUUUUUUGAUUGUCCACCUGCUAGAGAUCAAAGCAGUAGUGUUUUUUCAGUUCAUUGUAAUGUACCCUUAGCACAUGAUUUUACAAAUAAAGAUAGGAACUCAGAGACAGAUAAUCAAAUAAAGCAAACCAUCAGCAGUUCAGAUGGACAUUCCUUAAGUAAUAAAGUAUCACAUAGAGAACUGGUUAACCAUGGACGAAAAAGGAAUUCACAAAUUUCUAAUGAUAAUGACCACCAUUCAGAGACUUGUUCUUUAAUGUCAUCAGAGAAUAGCACUGAUCUUUCUGUAGCAAUGGAUUUGUAUUCUCCACCCUUUACCUAUUUGUCUGUUCUAAUGGCCAGCAAACCAAAGGAAGUUACAACAGUGAAAGUCAAAGCAUUUAUUGUAACUUUAACUGGAAAUCUCUCAAGUUCUGGUGGCAUUUGGAGUGUAACUGCAAAGGUUUCUGAUGGUACUGCAUAUCUAGAUGUGGACUUUGUAAAUGAAAUACUCACUAGUCUGAUUGGGUUCUCGGUACCAGAAAUGAAACGGUUAAAAAAGGAUCCUCUUCAAUACCAAAAGUUCCUGGAAGGUUUGCAGAAAUGCCAGAGAGAUCUAAUAGAUUUGUGCUGUGUAAUGACUAUUACAUUUAAUCCUUUCUUGUCUAAAGCAAUGGUACUGGCAUUACAAGAUGUAAAUACAGAACACCUUGAGAAUCUAAAGAAGCGGUUAAAUAAAUAGUAAAAUAGUAUUAGAGAUAAUUCAAAAUAACAAGGAAAUAUUUAGAAUUAAAUUUGUUCACAAUUUUAUUUUUGUAAAGAGGAAAAGUGAAGUUUCAUAGCUUAUUUCGGUUUAAUUUUAAAAUGUGUAAUCAUGUUUGUUGCAUGCAUAGAGUUUCUUAAUAAGUUAAUUUUUUAAUGGUAAUUGUUACAUGAAGGAAUUUGGUGACCCAUUGUUGAGAAAUGUGUUUUCCACUUGUCAUUUCACAUAAGAUGGUUGCUAAAGUAUUGUAUUGGUGUUCACUGAUAAGUCAUAUUAUUGAAAGUUAAUAAUUAUAAAUAGAUAGUUUUACUUGUAAUAUAGUGAGUAUCAAAAAAGCUUUGUUUAUAUUGUUAUUCUUAGAAAAAAAUCCAGGGAAUCAGAACACCAGACAAUCAGAUGCAAACUGCUUUGUUGGUUUUUAUUUUGCCAAUUGUAAAUGUGUGUCUGCUAUAUUUAAGAUAAAUCUUGUUAACUAGAUUCUAUUUCAUAGAUUAUAUUGAAUGAUUUAAAAACCUUAUUUUCCAGGGUAGUUUAUUUUAAAUGGCAUAUUGAAAACUUUAUAUGAUCCAGUAUGUACUUUAUUUAUUGGAUUAAAAUAAGGCAUUUACCCAUGUGUUUAGGUGUUAUUAUUCCCUUUCUGAAUUAGCUGAACAUACAAGCAUUCCUUUAGUUUUGAUGUAAGUGCUGAUUUUUGUAAAGGGAAUCUAUUUACCGCCCUUCCACUUUGCUGUUAUAAAGUUAUAAUUGAAAGGUAAUAUUAUUUGCAUUAAUCUUUGUUUUUUAAAAAAUUAAAGUACCUUGAAUUUUAAAACAUUAAAUGCUUAAAUAAUAA